GUUUGACCCCGGCGACGCUCCGUACCGUCGCGGAUUCGGCGCCGGAAACAUGGCGGCCGCGGCCGGGCCGGUAACGGAGAAAGUUUCUACCGAGACUGGCCUGUACUAGCGCGUACGGCCUCGGCCCCUCGUUCCCUCUGCUGUGCCACCUCCCUGUUCCGAGUCGCAUGCUCAGCCCUCAGCUCCCUCCAUCCCCGUUGCUGUGGUGGCUUCGGGACAGACUCAGGGUUGCGAGAGCGUCGGUGGCGACGGCCGAGUCAGAGCACUAUAAACAAAAUUUCUACCUGAGAAAAUGUUGAAAUAGGAGCUACGGAUACAGUGGAUUUACUGAAUGAAAUACAAGCAGUUAAUUUUUGUAACGUGGGGAAGAAGCCUAAAUUGCCAGUUUACAUGUGUAAAUCACUGCGUUAUUGCUUUAGUCAUUGUCUCUAUUUAGCAAUGACAAGACUGGAAGAAGUAAAUAGAGAAGUGAACAUGCACUCUUCAGUGCGGUAUCUUGGCUAUUUAGCCAGAAUCAAUUUACUGGUUGCUAUAUGCUUAGGUCUUUAUGUAAGAUGGGAGAAAACAGCAAAUUCCUUAAUUUUGGUAAUUUUUAUUCUUGGUCUUUUUGUUCUUGGAAUUGCCAGCAUACUCUAUUAUUAUUUUUCAAUGGAAGCAGCAAGUUUAAGUCUCUCCAAUCUUUGGUUUGGAUUUUUGCUUGGCCUCCUAUGUUUUCUUGAUAAUUCAUCCUUUAAAAAUGAUGUAAAAGAAGAAUCAACCAAAUAUUUGCUUCUAACUUCCAUAGUAUUAAGGAUAUUAUGUGCUCUGGUGGAGAGAAUUUCUGGUUAUAUCCGUCAUCGACCUACUUUACUGACCACGGUUGAAUUUCUGGAACUUGUUGGAUUUGCCAUUGCCAGCACAACUAUGUUGGUGGAGAAGUCUCUAAGUGUCAUUUUACUUGUUGUAGCUAUGGCCAUGUUGAUUAUUGACCUCAGAAUGAAGUCCUUCCUAGCUAUUCCAAACUUAAUUAUUUUUGCAGUCUUGCUAUUUUUUUCCUCAUUGGAAACUCCCAAAAAUCCAAUUGCUUUUGCAUGUUUUUUUAUUUGCCUGAUAACUGAUCCUUUCCUUGACAUUUAUUUUAGUGGACUUUCAGUGACUGAAAGGUGGAAACCAUUUUUGUACCGUGGAAGAAUUUGCAGAAGACUUUCAGUCGUUUUCACUGGAAUGAUUGAGCUUACGUUUUUUAUUCUUUCAGCAUUUAAACUUAGAGACACUCAUCUCUGGUAUUUUGUAAUACCAGGCUUUUCCAUUUUUGGAAUUUUUUGGGUGAUUUGCCAUAUUAUUUUUCUUUUAACUCUUUGGGGAUUUCAUACCAAAUUAAAUGACUGCCAUAAAGUAUAUUUUACCCACAGGGCAGAUAACAAUAGCCUUGAUAGAAUAAUGGCAUCCAAAGGGAUGCGUCAUUUUUGCUUAAUUUCAGAGCAGUUGGUUUUUUUUAGUCUUCUUGCAACAGCGAUUUUGGGAGCAGUUUCCUGGCAGCCAACAAAUGGAAUCUUCUUGAGCAUGUUUCUAAUUGUUUUGCCAUUGGAAUCCAUGGCUCAUGGCCUCUUCCAUGAAUUGGGUAAUUGUUUAGGAGGAACAUCUGUUGGAUAUGCUAUUGUGAUUCCUACCAACUUCUGCAGUCCUGAUGGUCAGCCAACACUGCUUCCCCCAGAACAUGUACAGGAGUUAAAUUUGAGGUCUACUGGCAUGCUCAACGCCAUCCAAAGAUUUUUUGCGUAUCAUAUGAUUGAGACCUAUGGAUGUGACUACUCCACAAGUGGGCUGUCUUUUGAUACUCUGCAUUCCAAACUGAAAGCUUUCCUUGAACUUCGGACUGUGGAUGGACCUAGACAUGAUACGUAUAUUCUGUAUUACAGUGGGCACACCCAUGGUACAGGAGAGUGGGCUCUAGCAGGUGGAGACAUACUACGCCUUGACACACUUUUAGAGUGGUGGAGAGAAAAGAAUGGUUCCUUCUGUUCUCGACUUAUUAUUAUAUUGGACAGUGAGAAUUCAACCCCUUGGGUGAAAGAAGUGAGAAAAAUUAAUGACCAGUAUAUUGCGGUGCAAGGAGCAGAGAUGAUAAAGACAGUUGAUAUUGAAGAAGCUGACCCGCCACAGCUGGGUGACUUUACAAAAGACUGGGUAGAAUAUAACUGCAACUCCAGUAAUAACAUCUGCUGGGCUGAAAAGGGACGCAUAGUGAAAGCAGUGUACGGUGUGUCAAAACGAUGGAGUGACUACACUCUGCAUUUGCCAACGGGUAGUGAUGUGGCCAAGCACUGGAUGUUGCACUUUCCUCGUAUUACAUACCCUCUAGUGCAUUUGGCAAAUUGGUUAUGUGGCCUGAACCUUUUUUGGAUUUGCAAAACUUGUUUUAGGUGCUUGAAAAGAUUAAAAAUGAGCUGGUUUCUUCCUACUGUGCUGGAUACAGGACAAGGCUUCAAACUUGUCAAAUCUUAAUUUGGACCCCAAAGUGGUAUAUUAUCAAGCGUUCACACUACCGGUUAUCACUAACUUGCCAUUUUUUGUAUGCUGUAUUUUUAUUUGUGGAAAAUACCUUGCUACUUCUGUAGCUGCCCUCACUUUGUCUUUUCUCAAGUAAUUAUGGUAUGUGUAAGGUGUUAGAGAAAAGCGUUAUUUUAUACUAAAAGUAUGUAGGGAAUCAUAAAUGCUGACUCCCUAAAUGCAUUAGAGAUGUUAACAACACACUUUUAGGAACGUUUGCAUAUAUGCCUCUGAUCAGAAAGAAAACAGUUGUCUAUGCUCUGCAGUGGCCAAUGAAGAAUUACUAAUGCCUUAUUUUCUUGGCAUACAUUAGAGAAUGUAGACCAGACAAAUUUGUUUACUAUUUUAAGAAAACUACCACUUUACUUACAAAAGAUUCUUUUCUCUGUACAGUAGUUUGAUUCAAGAUCAUUUUAAGGACUACAGAUGUUCUUCUUAGGAAAAGUCCUAUUCAAAAUAAAUGCAAAAUUUGCUUAAACUUCAUCACAUUCAGUCAGAUAUCUUGGUUGUGACCUGUUACCAAUGUGGCGGAGAAGCCCAAAUUACUUUUUAGGUCAAAACUUUCUUUAUGUAAGUAAUUGUUAAAAGGCCAGAGCCUACAAGUUGCUCCUUCAUGCAUUGGUGGGGGCCCCUGAAAACACUGGUAGUUUUAAGUCUUUCUCAGGGUAACAAUGUUUUCUUAAUGAACAAUGCUUCCAGCUACAAAUUUCUUCCAAAUAAAUUGUCUUCCAUUUUGAAAAUUACUCUUAUAAAAGAAAUUUGGCAGUUUUUCAUUUACUGAUUCCAUCUACCUUAAGUAUUCAGAAAAGAUUUUCAUCUCUGUAGAGUUAAUGCGCUGCCAUGAAAAUUAUUUUUCAAAUCCUCAUUAGUGAUAAUGCUUUUUGAAGGUCAAAGGAUAGGAAACAAGUCGUUUCUUGUAUACAUAUAAUGUAUUAUGUAAAACAGUAUUCAUAUUGGCAAUUUUAGCUAAUCGUAAUAAUAGUGUGGUUGUAAUUUUUUAAACUUAAUUCGGUGUUUUGUCAGAUUACAGCAGGCAUUUAAUCUCCUAAGAAGUAAUUCAUUUUUUUGUUCCCUUCCAAUAAUUGUUACAUUCUAAAUGUUCGUUUUUGAGAAAUAACAAGAGGGGAAUAUAAUUAAAUUGGAAAAUAAUCUAAUCUUUAUUGUUUAAAUGGUUUGAUGUCUCACCAUUGAAGCCAUUUUUCCAACCUCAAAGAAAAGAAGUAGCGCCUCUACCAUUUUCUUCCUGGCGACUUGAAAAUUGAAGUUUUAAGUUAAGAAGAAGUCAUUUGGUGUCAGGGAACUUGUAUACCACUAUCUAUGCAGCAUUGUUAUAGUCUGAUUAUUUCUAUGUUUUGAAUAUGGUUUUCCUAAUCCUCUGAAUAAAAUUUUGUUAAAAAUUAA